AUGCGCACAUCAGCUACCUUUGCUGCUGCUCUCUUGGCUGGCUCUGCCACUGCCGCUCCCACUCCAGGGCUUCUGAGCAGCAUUCUCGGUCAACUCACCAAUGACCUGAACACCCUCCUCGGCUCCCUUGGUAUCAAGCUCCAGACCAAUGCCAACAUUCACGGCCCUGUCAUUCCCUUCCACGAUCAGUGCCCUUUCACCAUCAACUCGUCUGUCAGCAUCUCCAGUGACGUUUUUAGUCACGAAAUCAACUGGCCACUUGGUGUGAACGGCGGAAACUACAUAAAUUGGCGCACCUAUCGUGCCAAUGGCGCGAAUUUGGGCGGUUGGCUGGAAAAGGAGCGUACUCACGAUCCUAUCUGGUGGUCUGCAGUUGGUGGUGAUAGCGCUCCUGAUGAGUGGACUUUGUGCGAGACCCUAGGAUCCAAAUGCGGACCCAUCCUCGAGGAGCGCUACGCCUCCUUCCUCAACACCUCGACCAUCGAUCAGCUCGCCAGCGUUGGAGUAAACACUCUCCGAAUCCCCACCACCUAUGCUGCAUGGGUCAAGGUUCCUGGAUCUCAGCUGUACUCCGGCGCCCAGCAGAAGUGGCUCAAGAUCAUCACCGACUAUGCAGUCCUCAAGUACAACAUGCACAUCAUCGUUGGCCUGCACUCUCUGCCCGGCGGUGUCAACAACCUCGAUAUUGGCGAGGCCCUCUUCCACGACGACUGGUUCUACAAUGCCACCAACCUCGACUACAGUUUCCAAGCCAUUGACGGUGUCCUCAACUUUAUCAAGAGCUCUGGCUACCAGAACGCCUUCACCAUUGCUCCCAUCAACGAGGCUUCUGAUAACCUUGCUGGUUUCGGCUCUGCUGCCGGCCUGUCUGACAAGGCUGUCAACUGGAUCAACACCUACAUCAACGGUGUGCUCAAGAAGAUUGCUGUUGUGGACAAGCGUAUCCCCCUGCAACUCCAGGACUGCUUCAAGGGCGCAUCAUUCUGGGCUCCCUUCUACUCAGCCGACCAGAACAUCUGUUUCGACUCGCACGUUUAUUACUUCGCUGCUGCCGGUACCUAUGCCAACUACGUCAACCCUGCCGUCUGCGGUCAAGCCCAAUACAUUGCCGAAGAGACAAAGUUCCCCGUCUUCAUCGGCGAAUGGUCAUUGCAAGCCAUGUACAACAACACUUUGAACGUCACCACUCGCAAGACCCUCUUCGACACCCAGCGCUACGCAUGGCAGAAGUAUGUUUCCGGUGGCUCCUUCUGGACCGCUGUGUCAUACUCUACCGCUGCUGUUGAUGGUGAGGGCACUCAGAGGGAUUACUGGUCGUACAUUGACCUCAUCAAUGCUGGUGUUAUUACCAAGCAGACUGAUGCUUCUUACUGCUAA